AUGUUUAAUUUUAUUAUUAAAAGGUUCUUUUUUUCAACUUGUUCAACUUACAAAAGAAAUCAAAAAAAAAGACUCAUAGUUCCUAAGGUUUUAAAAUUACAACAACAACAACCAAUAAAAAGAAUAUCAAGAUUAGGUAAACAUCACGAUUUAAACAGUUAUAUAAAAUCAUUUGAGUCAGCAGAAGGAGACAACAAAAUUCAUAAAGGAACGGUUUACAAAGGGACUAUUUAUGAAUAUGAGACAGUUAAAUGUUUAGAAAAUGUUUUUGGUAUUGUUUCAAGACGUGUAGGUGGAGCUGGUGAUAAAGGUAUAGAUUUACGUGGCCAAUGGUUCUUACCAGAAAAUAAGAAGUUUAAUAUAAUAGGGCAAUGUAAAAAUUUAUCUCAAUCAUGUAAAUCAAGUUCAGUCAGAGAAUUUGAGGGAACUUUAUGUCAUGAAUCCUUAAAUACAAUUGGUAUAUUAUCAUCAAAAUCUGGAUUCAGUAAAAAUUCUAUCUCAAGGUUUCAAACAUCACCAAUGCCUUUGAUCCUGAUGAAAGUUUCACAAGGAGGAGAUAAUUGUGAAUUGAUUCUUUUUAAUGAUACUGCUAAUAAAUUAUUACAUUAG